CUAAAGGUCUUCAGACCCUCUCAAUCUGAGUCUCUAGCGGGCGACUAAUCUCCACCGGAGUAAACAGAUUGAGGCCUUAACAAACAACACCUCCACUACCGGAGUAAAUCCGGUACAGAAUAGUGAGUUGGCUCCUCGACUAAAGUCACCAACUCCCUACCUUCAAUCAAGGAUGCUCUAUCAACCUAGGCAGAUAUUCUCAUUCUAGGUCAAAGCAGAAACAACAGGAAUUUGAUCAGGAUUCAAGUCAUUCAAUCAUUCAAACCAUAAUCGAAUAUAAUCAACUCAUAGAAUCAGUACUUGGGUUCAUACAAUCAAAGCCUAACGUACAAAUCCAGAUGAAUGGGAGAACUACUCCAUGGAGAAAGAAGCAAAAGCAGAAUCAGACGUGGAAUUCAUACUGUGAAGGAUGGAUUCCUGCUCCUGGACGUUGAUCGGCACUUCUCCAAGCUCAAGCUGGCCUUCAAUGGUGUUGAAGAUCAAGCUAGGGCGCUUGGAGACUCUUGUUCGUCGCUUUCUCUCUCUAGGAAUCGUUCUCUCUCUCAAAAACUCGAAUACCCUUCUGUUUGGCUGAAAAUCUGCUUAAAAGGGCAUCAGUGGCCAAAGCACGGUCGAGGGCACGACCGUGUAAUGCCUCAGCCCGCCCAUGCUUUGGCUAGUGUUAAUUACACUAGGAGAAACACGGUCGUGCUUUUGGGAGGACACGGCCUUGCUUUGGUGAAGCACGCCUGUGUUCUAUCUCAGCCCUGCCCGUGUUUUGGCCAAUGUUUGCCAAACUCGAAUUAGCUCUCGGCAGUAAAAGCACGGUCUCAGAACACGGCCGUGUUCUGGUUUAGGUGUGCCCGUGUUUUGGCUCAGUUUCACCGAAAUGACUUCCGAAUGCCCCGAAACUCGUGCUUAGCCUUCCCUUUUACACCUGGGACCUGAAACAUGACAAAAUAGCACAACCCGGCAUAAAAUAGGCCAAAAACACACGACUAUGCCCCUCAAACGGAUAAGAACUAGGGGCGCAAAUAUGUGCAAUUACAUCGUUAUCAAAUUUCUUAAGCUGACUAAGCCCUCUUAGACAGAUUAACCGGCAGACGACUAGUCUUCACCGGGAUAAAAAGCUAAGGCAAUUAACACAGAACUACACUAGUGGAACCAGAUUCCAGUACAAAGCAGUGAAUUUACUAACUCUCGUAUAAUCAAUUCACUCCUUUCCAUUGAAGAAGCUCUAACAACCUAAUCAGAUUCUAUCUAUCUCAGGUUGCAGCAGAAUUCAAAAGAAGUUGACCAGGAUUCAAUUGACUCAAUAAAGACACUUCAAUCGAUUAUAAUCAAAUAGGAUAUCAAUCCAAAAGUCAUUACAACUGAAAUCCUUAACACAUGGAACUAGGGUUCUUCAUACCCUUGCAUCGAUUCAACUCGUGCACUAAAAAGCACUUGCGUGAUCCUCAGUGACCACGACCGUGUUCGUUAGUGAGCUUGCCCGUGUUUUGCUUCUGCUACACCGAAUGGCCUCCAAAUGACCCGAAAUUCGCGUCUAGACCUUCAUUUGACGUCUGGGACCUGAAAUAUGACAAAAGAACGCAACCCAACGUAAAAUAGACCAAAGACACACGACUACGAGCCCAAACAGAUAAGAAACGAGGAUGCUAAAAUGUGAAAAUACAACGUUAUCAGCAUGGUUAAAAUGUUUUAAGCUUACCUUGUCUCUGACUUGGUUUGCUUGGGGACAAACAAACGAUUAAGUGUGGGGGAAUUUGAUAACGUCGUAUUUGCACAUGUUUGCACCCUUGUUUCUUGAUCGUUUUGGCUCGAGUUUGUGAUUUAUUGGCCUAUUUUACGCUAGGUUGUGUUCCUUUGUCACAUUUCAGGUCCUAGCGCAUGAGUGAAGCAUAGGCGCAAGUUUCAAGUCAAUCGAAGAUCAAUUGGCGAUUCAGGAGACGAAACUUGGGCAUGACCUGAAGAAUAAUGGACUUCUACCUCAUUUUAUGGAAAAAUAAUCAUAUAAGAUUUUCAUGAAAAGAAAGAGGACGAGACUGCAAGCGUCUGGGAUCAAACGACGACUGAUUCGGAGUCCGGACGAGGGAGAAACGAAGCAUCAAAGACACUAGAAAAAGAGCCGAGGAAGAAACACGGGCAGGAUUCCCUAAAAACACGACCAUGUAUUGUUUAGCACUUGCCAGUCUUUUUAUAUUCCGAGCCUCUCUUGUGAAGACUGCUGAAGGGAUGCAAAACACGGGCGGGACUAAACACGGGCAGGACUAAACACGGCCGUGUUCCCGACCGUGUUUCAGCCCCUACUCGGGUAUAAGUCUGAUUUCUGCGAUUUUAGAAAGGGAGAGCUGGGUUUUUGGUUAGAAAACACCCAAGGGACGAACUCUAGAAAUUCUCUUGAUUUCUGCUUUAACCUAUGAUUAAUAGAAACUGAUUAGGUUG